AUGUGCAGAGCCUACAUCUUAAUAUCUCUUGGAUUUUUGGAGCCUUGCUAUUGUCUUAUUGCUCUCUUUUUGGUUCACGGCUCCUUGCGGAACGCACCUUUUACUCCAAGAAAGAGCUGUAUUGGCAAGGUGAUUGUCCGCAAUGAGAAGAAUGAAGGAUAUGGGAAGCUACCGAAGUCCUUCACGAGAACCUUCGAGGACAUGGGAUCUUCUCAGGAGGAGGAACAUGUUGCUGUGUGCACUUACCCACUUUUGAGCACGUUGGUCCUCGCCCUCUAUGGUUUCUUCUACAUCAUAUACUUCCUGUAUCUAGGGUGGAGGUUAUUUUCGUUGGUCAUCAACAGGAGGCUUCAGCUUCGAGUUUACGGCCUUGUGUUGGCGGUGGUUUUCCUCCUACCUGUUCACGUUCUCUUCUUAUGCUUCUCUGUGUUGUCCAGGCCUAGUGAACCUGUCUUUGAGGCUAUAGGUUUCGUGGGAUUUCUUACAGUGCUCCUGUGUACAACUGUUGGAGAAAGGAUUCUAGCAACCAGACCAAUUGCCGAUGCGCUAGCGGUGCAUUAG